AUGGCGGCGCCGCGGCCCUGCGCGGAUGGGCCCUGCUGCUCCCACCCCAGCGCCGCGCCCGGCGUGCAGCAGACGCUAGACGAGAUGGACUUCGAGAGGGGAAUCUGGUCGGCAGCCCUGAACGGAGACCUGGGCCGAGUUAAGUAUUUAAUCCAAAAGGCAGCGGACCCCAGCCAGCCUGACUCCGCAGGCUACACGGCUCUACACUAUGCCAGCCGCAAUGGGCACUACGCCGUGUGCCAGUUCCUACUGGAGAGUGGGGCCAAGUGUGAUGCCCAGACCCACGGGGGAGCCACCGCCCUGCAUCGCGCCAGCUACUGCGGGCACACGGACAUUGCCCGGCUCCUGCUCUCGCACGGCUCCAACCCCAGGCUGGUGGACGCCGACGGCAUGACCAGUCUGCACAAGGCCGCCGAGAAGGGUCACGUGGACAUCUGCUCCCUCCUGCUGCAGCACAGCCCAGCCCUGAAGGCUGUUCGGGACCGGAAGGCCCGGCUCGCCUGCGACCUGCUGCCUGGCAACAGCGACCUGCGGGACCUGCUGGCCAGCUGA